ACCAGGCUGACCCUGAGGGACACCGGGGUGACCAUGAGAGAUCGUGGCCGAGGAGGGGAGGGCCGUCCCUGGCCCCGAUCGGCGUUGGCAGGGCACAGUCCUGCCUGUCAGGGUAAUUAGAUGGCAUCAUUUUCGCCCUAAUUGCGCAGAACAGGGCACCUGACAUAGCCCCAGAAUCUGUGAAGCUGCCCUGAAAAGCUGUCCCUGAAGACGCCCGUGCUGCCGAGGCCAGGGCGGCGGGACCCUCUCCCUGCUCCGCCCGGCCCCAGCCGCCCUCACACGAGCCCGGGCCGGCACUCCCCGGUUCCCGCAUCCCCCUGGAGCCGUGGCACGGACACGGGGCUGCCCCAGGGGCCAGGCCAGCCCACCCGGGCGCGGGAAGUGUGUCACGCGUGGCGCUGCAGCCAGGCACGCACGCAGGUAUGGACGGACACCCGGGGCAGCUGCGGCCGCCCCGCCUCCCUCGGCCAGACCGGCCGGCCCGGCUGCCCCCGGGCUGUCACCCGCGCUCCAUCCCCCUAAUGACACAGCACGGAGCUGCCACGGGGGCAACGUGACUCCAGAAGCUUCAGCCUGGGAAAAAAAAAAAAAAAAAAACCAACACCAAAAAAAAAAAAAAAAAAGCCUUAAAUGUGCACAAUCAAGUGAUGAGUGUUUGUAUUUCUGAUGCUUUGAGGCCAGCUCACAACCCUCCCUCCACGUAAUAUUCAGGAUGUUUGGGAAGGGGUAUUUUUCUUUUAAUAGGGUGGCGUAGUCACAAAGCUUUAAAGAAAUAAGUGAGUGAAUCGUCUGUGGUAAUAGCACCAUACUCCGGACGGGGCACAGUGACGAAGUUCACAUCUAUUUUUAAGCCUGCCUGGCAGCAUGUAGGUGCAGAACAGAGCCCUUGACCCUUUUGGCUGUUCUGCAGCCAUGGACAUGGCUGCUGUCUCUGUUCCAGUUCACCAUCGGAGCUGUUUUUUCUCCCUAACGAAUACUAUGGGAAGACAGAAGCCUCAAGCUGUUUUGAAGAUUGUGCAAUGAUGCUUGGGAGCCUACCUGCUUUUGCUUGAGUGCUUUCCUCACUCAUAUUUCACAGGAUGCGACAGGAAGGGAAAUACAAUCGAAUCCGACGGCCGUGGUAAAUUUGACUCGAAUUCUUCGUAUGCCCUGGGGCUGAGGUGGGUGCCUCUCAGAUAAGCAAUCUAAUCAGCUUUGCAUUUGUGUCCCAUCUGGAAACAGAUUGCUGCCGGAGUACACCAGCACCUGAGAAGCAAGCUUCAAGUUCGUUUUGAAGAUAAUUGUUGAGACAAAUUCAGGGAGUGUGAAUUUGCCUGUGGUAAUAAGAUCUCUUUAUUUUUAUUCAUAGUUAAUUCGUUCAGCCGAGGCGAUUUCAUGCCAGAAUGCAAUCCUCAAACAAGAAGGACGAUUGCCCUGCCUAUGGCACGCAUAUGCAUGGUGCCUGCUCGGCAGAUCGGCUGCUGCGACAGAGAGCCAUGAACCACCCCAGACACAUGGGCAAGAUAAAGAAGAGGCUGGAGGAUAUCAAGAACCAGUCCCUGAAGUUGACAAAAGUGGACUUCAGCCACAACGAAAGCAUCAGAUUGGCCACCGACGCCUUCUUGGAUGGUGGGACAGACUCUUACCUGGAAACUCUAAGCAAAGAGGGUGAGGUGGAUUUCCUCUCCUCGGUGGAGGCUCAGUACAUCAAGGAUAACGCCCGCGAGUCUUACUAUGCACAGGAGUCCCCGGGUGCCGACGGGGCAGCCGCGCCGAAGCAGAACGACGCGGGAUCGCUGCCGUCGGGGACCUACUUCCCCACCAUUUCUGACAGCAGCGAGCCUGCUCUGCUCCACACGUGGAUUACUGCAGAGAAACCCUAUUUAAAGGAGAAAUCCACGGCCACUGUGUAUUUCCAAACAGAGAAGAACAGCAACAUUAGAGACAUCAUACGCCGCUACAUCCACAAGACCACUCAGGUGUUGGCCAUUGUGAUGGAUGUGUUCACAGACACUGAGAUUCUCUGUGACCUGCUGGAGGCAGCUAACAAGCGCAUGGUCUUUGUUUACCUGCUGCUCGAUCACAGCAGCGUAGAUCUCUUCUCGGAGAUGUGCGACAAGCUGCAGAUUUCUGAGGAUCUCUUCAAGAAUAUUUCAGUCCGCAGUGUUACUGGAGAGGUUUACUGUGCCAAGUCAGGCAGGAAAUUUUCAGGAAAAAUUCAAGAAAAAUUUCUUAUCUCUGACUGGAGAUAUGUGCUUUCUGGAUCUUACAGCUUCACGUGGCUCUGUGGCCAGGUGCACCGCAACCUCCUCUCCAAGUUCACGGGCCAGGUUGUGGAGCUGUUUGACGAGGAGUUCCGGCACCUGUACGCGCUGUCCAAGCCCGUGCGCGGCCCCAGGACGCCGCCGCGCAGCCUCCCGUUCCUGUUCAGCCGGAGCUGGGCGCCCCCGCGCAGCCUCCCCUACAGCGAGCAGGGCAGCGCCAACACCCUGUCCGACUUCAGCAGCCUCUCGGCCGGCAGCGCCCACCAGAGCAAGCAGGCCCCCAGAACGCUCAUGUUCAACAGCAACUUCAGCCCCCAGUCACCUCUGCAGCGAGUCAAUUCCUUCCACAGCUACAUGUCCUUCACCCCCCCGCCUCCACAGCCUCCGCAGCCGGCCAUCCAGCCUAACUACUACCAGCCGCACUACAUGGCCGCCGAGAACGCCACCGUUCCCUAUAACAACAUGAACAUGAACAUUUACAGACCUAUAAGGCUCAGGCAAGAGGAACCGAACAGGACGGGGUUAAGCUCAUCCUGGAGAUGCCUCCACAAAGCUAACCUGUUUGCAUAAUAACCACCUUGUUUGGAAAUCCAAGUAAAUGUAGUGAGGACCUGUUUAGCAAUCACUUGUGUACUGAUGAAUAUAGAAAUUCUGUAUAAUACAAAUGAGGAUGAUUUCAAGCCUCUUGUUUUGUUGCUUAUGGAUGCUUCAUUUCCCUGAUUAAAAAGUCAAGGCUGCUAAUGUGUGAACCUCAGGUGCAUCAGGAUCCCAGGAAGAGCACAUCUGAAUAGUGCUGCUCACACACUGCUGCUGCCUGUCACCUGCCCCUGGUGGCAUAUUCGUGUACCAGAAGGACAGUGACUGUUCCUUAUGUCCAGGCAACUGAAAGGGGGCAAUGCACAGUUUACAGCUAUGCAUUUUAUACACUUGAAUAAGGAGACUGAAGGCUGCUAUUUCCGUGGCAGCAGCAGGAUACCUUUGUGCUCUCAUCAGACGUUGAUCUUGAUUUAUGGGGGACUGUCUUUGGGCUGGCAGGGAAGCACAGGUCCUGCCACAGCACUCAGAGCUCUCUGCUUGAGCUGCACAGCAAGGAUGGCUGUUCCCAAGGAUUCUUAGGAAGGGGCCUGGUACCCCUGACACGGACUGAGAGUGACAGUUCUGGCUGUGGGAGACACAUUCACCCCACGUCCAGUUCCACUCAUCAGCAACAUGGGUGUGUCCCAGCACACCUGGUUACAAACCUCCAAUCCUACAGCUCAGAGCAACUUUCCUUAUGCAGAGCACCUGUGAAGGUUCAGACUGGAAAAUGAAGCUGAGUUAAAGAAGCAAAGCCCUACUAGUAACACACCGGGACUGAGUUCCAGUUCUUUUAAUUGCACACGGAUCUUUGAAAUCCUUUCUGUGGUCAUCUGAUUGAAGGUGAAGUUAGAGAUUCUGCCAAGUUCUUCAUGGCGUCUAAUUUUUAAAGAUAAACUGGGUGUCUGUGGUGCCCAUGGACUAGAGUUACAAAGGUUCAGCAGUAUGAACUAAACCUGAAGAACUUUCUGCCAAAUAAUCCAUGAAAACUAAGGAAGCUCUUGUAAGCAAAAGUAAGAAAAUUCAUGAAACAAAGGAUUUCUAUCCAAAGUUACCAAGAUGCCUAACAGCUGUUGAUUUAUCAGUAGACCUUUUUUGUUCCACACCUGCUUUGUAUUGUUUUUCAUAUGCCUCCAACAGAAAAGAGAACCCUAAACACAUUUGCACUUCUGGCCUGUUUUUCCUGACUUCUCACCUGCUUAAAAACAAUACAAUUUAAUUAUGUAGACUGUGGAUGAUGGUAACUGUAUGUGAAGAAGGUGUAGAAGGUUUUUCAUCCUUGGAAGAGCAAUAAUUUUAGAAGGAUACCUGUAAAGUUUAAAGAACAUUAUGAAAGGUACAGGAUGGACACAUCCUGCUCUAGCUUCAGUAUGGGUGUUUUAACCAGUAAUACCAAAUUUUGGAGUCCAUAAUAAUAAUAAUAAUAAUAAUCAACUAUUGCAUACAAAUGUAAAUUCUGUACAUAGCAACAUUUUUUGGAUUCCUUGGGGAGAAGGGAAAUUUGAUUUUCAUUCCUAUGA